AAAUAAUAUUAUAAAAAAAAAUGACAGGUCAGCAACAGUAUAAUCAAGGGGGCAGAGAAGAAAGAAAAUAAUCGGAAACAGCGUCUUCUCCAUAAACCCAGAAAAUCGCAGAGAGCUUUCUCUUGUCUUUGUACAGAUCUCUCCCAUCAUCGUUCGUGAUUCGAUGCCUUCUCGUAGAAGAACUCUCCUCAAAGUCAUCAUCCUCGGUGAUAGCGGGGUUGGGAAGACUUCUUUAAUGAAUCAAUAUGUUAAUAAGAAGUUCAGCAACCAGUAUAAGGCAACUAUUGGGGCUGAUUUCUUGACUAAGGAAGUUCAAUUUGAAGACCGGCUUUUCACUUUACAGAUCUGGGACACAGCUGGUCAAGAAAGGUUUCAGAGUCUUGGUGUUGCGUUUUAUCGUGGUGCUGAUUGCUGUGUUCUUGUAUAUGAUGUCAACUCCGCAAAAUCAUUCGAGGAUCUCAACAACUGGAGGGAAGAGUUUCUGAUCCAGGCAAGUCCUUCGGAUCCAGAGAACUUUCCCUUUGUUGUUAUCGGUAAUAAGAUCGAUGUGGAUGGUGGAAGCAGCCGGGUGGUAUCAGAGAAGAAGGCUCGAGCUUGGUGUGCUUCGAAAGGAAACAUUCCAUACUAUGAAACCUCAGCUAAAGUAGGCACCAAUGUAGAAGACGCGUUCCUGUGCAUAACUACGAACGCAAUGAAGAGUGGAGAAGAGGAAGAAAUGUACCUACCAGACACGAUCGAUGUCGGAACCAGCAAUCCACAGAGGUCAACAGGAUGUGAAUGCUGAAAGUGUUCAUUUGACCUAUGCUCUCUCAUCAGUUAUCCCACUCUGAGGUUUUUUACCAUAUUGUAAAUCUGUUGUUCUGUGGUACAUUAAUAUUUUAAAAAUUUAGAACCCUAAUAAAUAAAUAAUUAAAAAGCCGAAUUGGGUUGGUCGGUGUUUGUGGGUGGCCGUAUAUUAUGGAUCUCUCUUUUUCUCUACACUAACGUUAUUUGUUGUCCACUACAUUUAUGAAAAGACUUAAAUGGUUUCUUUUUUCAUUCUUGUUUCUUCUCAUACUUUGUCUACCUUUAAGGAUGACUUAUUUAUAAUUGAUCCAAUGUAGAUUUGAAGACGACAACAGCAUAUGGAUAACGGCAUAUUUUAUGAAUGAAUAAUAUUAUUCAUCAUAUUUGGAGAUAAUGCAUAUAUAUUAGGGUAUUAUUAUUUUUUCAAAAAGUUAGUUUUAUUGUAUGUUAAUAGCUAAUGAACAAAUCAUUUGAGAAAAGAAAACUAUAUAUAAUUAAU